AUGCAUGCGCUCGCCCUUUUCACGGGCCUGGUUGGUAUUACCAAUGCCGCUUGUCCUUAUAUGACAGGCGAUGUCGCCGGCAGUCCUCACAGCAUCGAACGUCGCAAUGAUGGGGAUGCUGCCGCCACUGAAGAAUUCCUCUCCCAAUUCUACCUGAAUGACCAGGAUACCUACCUGACCUCUGACGUUGGUGGUCCCAUUGAAGACCAGAACAGUCUCAAGGCAGGCGAGCGUGGUCCGACUCUGCUCGAGGAUUUCAUCUUCCGCCAGAAGAUCCAGCGAUUUGACCAUGAACGAGUACCUGAACGUGCGGUUCACGCUCGAGGCGCCGGAGCCCAUGGCACAUUCACAUCCUACGGAGACUGGUCCAACCUAACAGCGGCCUCCUUCCUCUCCGCCAAGGGCAAACAAACCCCGAUGUUCACGCGCUUUUCCACUGUUGCUGGAAGCCGCGGAAGUGCCGAUACGGCACGAGAUGUGCAUGGCUUCGCAACCCGAUUCUAUACAGAUGAAGGGAACUUCGACAUUGUUGGAAACAACAUCCCCGUUUUCUUCAUCCAGGAUGCCAUCCUGUUCCCAGAUCUGAUCCACGCUGUCAAGCCCCGCGGCGACAAUGAGAUCCCUCAGGCAGCCACUGCGCAUGACUCCGCUUGGGAUUUCUUCAGUCAGCAGCCUAGUACGCUGCACACGCUCCUCUGGGCAAUGGCUGGUCACGGUAUUCCUCGGUCAUUCCGGCAUGUCGAUGGCUUUGGUGUGCAUACCUUCCGGAUGGUUACCGACAAGGGUGCAUCCAAGCUUGUUAAGUUCCAUUGGAAGGGUUUGCAGGGCAAGGCCAGCUUUGUUUGGGAAGAGGCACAGCAGGCAGCUGGUAAGAAUGCGGACUUUAUGCGUCAGGAUCUGUUUGAGGCUAUUGAGGCCGGUCGAUUCCCCGAAUGGGAGCUCGGUGUUCAAAUCAUGGACGAAGAGGACCAGCUUCGUUUCGGAUUCGACCUUUUGGAUCCCACCAAGAUCGUCCCAGAGGAACUCGUGCCCGUCACAAAGCUGGGCAAGAUGCAACUGAACCGCAACCCAAUGAACUAUUUCGCAGAGACCGAGCAAGCAAUGUUCCAACCAGGCCACAUCGUCCGCGGCAUCGACUUCACCGAAGAUCCCCUCCUCCAAGGCCGAAUCUUCUCCUACCUGGACACCCAACUAAACCGCCAUGGCGGCCCCAACUUCGAACAACUCCCAAUCAACCGUCCCAGAGUCCCAAUCCACAACAACAACCGCGACGGCGCCGGCCAGAUGUUCAUCCCCUUAAACAAAGACGCCUACUCCCCAAACACCCAGAACGCCGGCUCCCCAAAGCAAGCCAACCAAACCGUCGGAAACGGCUUCUUCACUGCGCCCGACCGCACAAUAACCGGCCACCUCACGCGCUCCAAGAGCUCAACCUUCGAAGACGUCUGGUCGCAGCCCCGUCUCUUCUGGAACUCACUCGUACCAGCCGAGAAGCAAUUCGUCGUUGACGCCAUGCGCUUCGAGAACUCAAACGUGAAGAGCUCAGUCGUGCGCAAUAACGUUAUCAUCCAGUUAAACCGGAUUAGCAAUGAUCUCGCGAAGCGAGUAGCCAGCGCAAUUGGCGUCGACGCCCCGGAACCAGAUUCAUCUUACUACCACGAUAACACGACCGCACACAUCGGAGCCUUCGGCGAGAAAUUGUCCAAGCUGGACGGUCUGAAGGUUGGAUUGCUUGCCUCUGUCGCCAAUGCGUCGUCGAUAAGCCAAGGCGCGAAGUUACAAGCUGCGCUUAAAUCCGCUGGAGUUGAUGUCGUUGUCGUUGCGGAGAGAAUGGCGGAUAAUGUUAACCAGACGUAUUCCGCUUCUGAUGCUGUGCAGUUUGAUGCUGUUGUUAUUGCGGAUGGGGCGGAGGGUUUAUUCUCUUCGGGCUCUUUUACUGGUUCGCCUAAGAGUAAGGGUUCUGGGGCUACUUCUUUGUAUCCUGCUGGUCGGCCUUUGGAUAUUCUCCUUGAUGCUUUCCGCUUUGGAAAGCCUGUUGGGGCUGUUGGGAAGGCUUCUGCUGCGCUGCGUGCUGGGCAGAUUUCGGCGGAUCGCGAGGGUGUUUAUGUUGGUAGUCAGAUUGGGGAGGACUUUGCUAAGGAUGUUAAGGAGGGAUUGCGGACUUUUAAGUUCUUGGAUCGGUUUGCUUUGGAUGAGUAA